UAGAUUCAAUACGGGACAUCCUACAUUGCGGGUCAGGCUACAUAGAGAAUUCUAAUUGGACUCUAGAUGGUGCCCACUAUCGGUCUACAUAUUGCUAUGUAUUUCCUUCCGGAGUCUCCUAGAUGGCUAAUUCAGAUAGGUCGAGACGACGAGGGCAUUCGAGUCCUCGGCAGAUUGCACGCCCGAGGCCACACGGACAACCCCUUGGUCUAGGCCGAAUUUGCCGAGAUCCAGUCAAAGAUGCAGUUUAAGAGGAUGAACAAGCAACCAAGCUACUUCAACAUGCUCUUUGGCUCGAACAGGAGGCGAACAUGGCUUGGCAUUGGCGUGCAGUUCAUGCAACAAGUCACCGGUGUCAACGUCAUCAUGUACUACGCUGUCUUCCUCUUCCAACAAGCCGGUAUCGCCGGAACCCAGGCAUCGCUUCUCGCCAACGGCAUCCAAGGUGUCGUGCUGAACGUGUUCUUGUGGCCUGACAUGUACUACAUUGAUACCUGGGGACGUCGCACGCCUGCAAUUCUUGGAGGCUUCGGUAUGGGCAUUGCGAUGAUGUUGAUCGGUGUCCUUAUGAAGACACAGGGCUCCCCAGUCUACGACACCCUCACGCAAAAGACCAACUUCACAUUCGCCAACAAGUCGGCAUCUUACGCGACAAUCGCCUUUGUGUACAUCUACGUUGCCCUCUUCUCGCUCACUUGGGGCUGCAUCGCUUGGGUCUACCCCAACGAGGUCUUCAGCAUGAACAUCCGUGGUCGUGGUACUUCAUUGUCAUCUGCGACGAACUGGUUUGUGAACUUCUGGUUUGCGCUCUACAUUCCCACUGCGAUGAACAAGAUCUCGUGGCGGUUGUACCUCAUCUUCAUGGCCCUCUGCUAUGCCAUUGGCAUUACCGUCUUUCUGUUCUUCCCGGAAACGGCCAAAAAGUCUCUCGAAGAGACGGAUCUUCUCUUCAGCGACGACCGCACCAUUUGGGUUUUCAAAGACCGAGAAGCUACAAAGGUCGGCGGCCUCGUCUCUCGCGACCUCGAGCGCGGCGAGAGUAUUGCAAUCUCUGGCAAGGAGGGACACGAGGAUGUCAAAACCAUUGAGGUGGCCAACUUCGCAGACGAUAAGUCGUCGGGCUGAACGUGAAGGUGCAACGACUUACGAUUCGGGGCGAUGGACGUGUACUUUGGCAUGUUUCGUCGAGUGUACAUACGAUGCAACUAACGAAUAUGCGUUGAGGCUCU